UUUUAUUCCCUCCCACUCUGAUGGAUUAUUUUUUUUACCUCAGAGUGGAAGUAUUGAAACAACAAACUGCUGACUUCUGCAGUACUUACGCAGCGAACAGCAAAUCGAAGGGGUGCAACAGGGGAUACGAAAGCGAUAGGCUUCAGUCAGUCCUCACAGUUAUAACCUCCAGCCAUGGAUCCCUCUCUGGUAGGUACAAUCGGGGGUUUCUUCAACACGCUGUAUGAGAUGGGCUUCACAGAGACUCAGAUACAGGCUGCUGUGAAGGCCGGUCACUUCAGCAUCCCUGCAGCGGCCGAGUGGUUGCUACAGGGCAGAGAUAAAAGAUGCAAACUUGGGAAGCAGCCCUCCCAGCCACUCGGGACAGCAAUCUCUGCAUUUAACCCUCCGAAAAACCAAGAAAUGCAGAGCAGUGCAAGCACGUCCCAACAGGCAGGCACAGCCAGAGAGGGAGCAUGGAACACAGAAAACCAAGGCACUGAUAAGCCCUCUUCCUCUGAGCCUCCACCAUUGGGCUCCAGGAUCAAGCAGGGUAAGAAAGGCUUUGAUGACCAGCUGAGGGACCAAGUGGCCCAGGAGGUGCAGGCUGAGAAGAGGAUGAAAAAGAAGGAGCACGAGCUUGUCCUAAAGAGAAUCGCAGAUGAUCGUAGAAGCUUGCAGGAGAAAUCUCAGCCCAGCGGGCAUUCUGAUACUUCUGUUCAGCAAGGGCAGAGGUUAGGGGGCAAGGUCCAGACUUCCACGGACAACCACUGCAUCCUCAUGCUCCGCCUGCCGUCAGGAGAGUCAAUGCGGGAGCGCUUCCCAGCUGAGGCCUCGCUGCGGAGUGUCAUGCAGCACAUCUCUGAGCGCUACCCCUCACUGUCCAGCUUCUCCCUGGUCCAGGGCUUCCCAAGGAAGAGAUUCGGAGAGGCUGAGCUGGCCUGUUCCCUGCGGGCCCUGGGUCUGACCCCCAACGCGGCCCUGUGCAUCCAGAACACCCCCCUAGAACCUGUAGAGACCCCCGCAGAGACCCCCGAAGCAAGCAGCCCAAACGACCCUGAAGACCCCCCCGGACCCCCCCGUCCCCCUGCCAUGAGCCACAGUUGGGGACCAGGGGAAUAUCUGAGGGGCACGGGGGCAGGGAGUGAGCCAGAAGAAGGGCUAAAUCAGGAGGCAGAGGAGCUGCCACCCUCACCACCCCAGCCCCCAGCGCUGCCAUCCCCCCUUCUGGAGGCGGCCAUAGUGAAUGCUGGAAUACACAGUGGCUGGCAGCCACUGUCGAUGCAGUCUCACCGCUGGGGGAAAGGUCAGAAGUUGGUCCCGGGUGAUGUGGAGGAGGGCUCGAGCUCUGAAGAUGAAGAGGAGCACUCGGAGGAAGACAGUGGAGACGAAGAACUAUUCAUGCCUGGUUUGCCACGGCUGCCAUUCAUUCCAGGGAACAGACAGGGUGCAGUGUUUGUACCUCAGUACCACUGGCCAGACCAAGGAAACCGACUGAGGGAAGGUGCGGAGGAGGGUGCAGGGCAGGGACGGGAGCUGCCGGUGGCGGCAGCUCAGGCGGCUGUGGAGCGCCUCCAGCGGGCGGAACUGCAGGAAGACCCCCAGGGCAGCUCGGGCCAGCCUUCCCCACCGAAGAGACCCUUUAGAACACCCAACGUGCCUUCACUCUGCUGCAUGUCCACCCGCGCCACUGCCGCCCUCAUGACCACCCCCAGUAUGCAGUACACCAGCAGCCUGGCCUGCCUCACCCCUGAGCUGGCUGAACACAUGCUGGCCCACAUGGCGCGGGAGAGGCUGCUCCGCCCACGCACCCUUGAACUCUUCUUCGGCUGCCAGGUCCAGAAGUUUGCCCUUAACUGCUACCCGUACACCACCAAUGAGCUGCUCAGACAACUGCGUGCCUUCCAGACCUUGAAACACCUCAGCCUUGUCUCCUCCUCACUAAUAACAGAUUCAGGUCUGACAGUCUUGGCCAGCCUCCAGAAACUGCAGCACCUCAACCUGGCAGCCUGUUCCAAGCUCACUGAUAACUGCCUGCAGUACAUCAAAGAGCUAAAAAGUCUCUCCUUCUUGUCGCUGGACCAGACCAAAGUAAGCGACUCGGGGAUGGUGAUGUUCCUGGAAUCUGCCCCCUCGUCACUCAUUCAGCUCUGUCUGAAUCAGACAGGCAUUACCGAGAAGACCCUGGCCUUGCUGCCCUCCAGUGUUCCUCAACUCAAGCUGCUCAGUAUCAAACAGACCAAGAUUUGUGACGUGUCUCCCCUGAAGGAGCUGAGGUGCCUGCACACACUGCACCUCGACAGCACCUGCGUGUCUGAGAACUCGCUGCAGCACCUGGCGGCCCAUCCUGCACUGUCCUCGCUCAGCCUAGCAGGGAUCCCUGUCGCCAACGGCAACCAUGUCCUCCAGAUCAUCUCAGGUUUAAGGCUGAAUCACCUGACCCUCCCUGGGCGGCAGUCUGUGACGGACAGCGGUCUGGAGUUCCUGUCACGGCUGGUGCUACUCGCAGAGCUGGACCUGACAGACUACACGCAGGUCACAGACCAGGGCGCCCGUCACCUCGCCGGCAUGACCAGGUUGAAGAAGCUGUCCCUCAGUAACACUCUGGUGACGGACGAAGGCCUGGUAUCCCUGCAGAGUCUCCAGGAGCUGGUGGAGUUGUGCCUGGACCGGACCACUGUCACCAGCAAAGGGGUGGCCCGCUGCAUCACCUGCCUGCCACAACUCCAGGUGCUGGGGCUGGCCAGUACGCAGGUGGGAGAUAAUGUGGUUCGACUGGGGCUGGUCCACUGUAAACAGCUGCUGAAGAUCAACCUGAGCCGCACCCGUAUCACCGACAAAGGUCUGAAGUACCUCCGUCCAAUGAGACUGAAUCAAGUGAACCUGGACAACACUGGCGUUACCCUCUCAGGAAUAGCCAAUCUGAUUUCUUCCUGCCCUGACAUCAUCAAUAUCCGGGCGAGCAAUCUACGGGCCCUUCCACAUGACGAGGUCUCCGAUGAGGAAGCCGCUUCCUGAGGGGUCAGGGGGUCACAGGAAGUAGACUGGCGACAGGGCCUCAGACAGCCAUGUGUGAUGUUGCCUGUCUGGGACAUAAAAAUUGGCUGGUCCUGCUCUAACAAUUAACUUGUAAAAUGGACACCUUUUGAAAGGGCCAGCACAUGGAGACUUGCAGUGCACUAACUGGUUUGGUUGUGAAUGGCAAGCAGGAGUAUCCAGUGUCCAGUAUCUGGGUAGGCACUGUAGUAUCUAUGGGAACAAGCCACUAAUACCAGCCCCUUGUGUUUUUUUGCUUUCAUAAUCCUUGCUUGGCCUAGAGAGCUUGACGUACAGCGUUUGUAUGGGCUCACAGUUUGAAAGAGCCAUGCUGGUACAGUGCAGCAUCUAUAGAGAACCCUGCUUGCUCACAAUCAUAACUAUAGAGCCCGGGAGGGGACAUGAGAGAAAAUAUAUAUAUCUCGUGGCCACUGAGUUAUCUUACUGUAAGCCAUGCACACGAGUCAUGGGUAUCUUGAGGCCACGAAAUAGUAAGACGUAUAUUUUUCUCUCAUGUCCCCUCCCGGGCUGCAUUCAUAACGGCGACCUUUUCAUGCUUUCAUAAAAGUACAGUAUAUAGGCAGAGGGAAAUCCAUCAGUUCAUUCAUAUUUACGGCUUAAACCCUAAAGGUAGACAUUUUGUACAGCAGAACAACAUUCAUCAUCUGUUUUAAUAACCAAGAUUUUGUUUUUACUAUCGAUAAUCAAACAGGAGGUGGUAUAGACUGAUUCUUAAGCCAGAUCUUUGACAGAUUAGGACCAGCAGGAUUGCUAGCAUUGUUAACGGUCCAGUUACACUGAAUACAAACCAGUCACCAUUGCAGAAAGAGACAGCUUUUGUAUAUACUGUUUGAAAAUGCACUAUACAGUACUAUUAUACUUGUACCACUUAAUUCUAAUUCUAAUAACUGUAGUAUAUUUAAAUGGGAUUGUUUACAUAGCAUAGUUGACAUCCAAUAGUCAAAUGCUGGAAUUGUUUAUUCUUAUUUAAGAAAACAAAAUUCUGACGUUUCUGGACACCCCUACUAAUUAUUUUAUAUAUAUAUAUAUAUAUAUAUAUAUAUAUAUAUAUAUAUAUAUAUAUAUAUAUAUAUAUAUAUAUAUAUAAAAUAAUUUAAAUAGUCAGUUUACACAGCUAUGUUUGAAUUUCAUUAUACAUUUUUAACCCCACAUUCUGUUUGAAUAUAAUUAACUAAAGUAUAUUGGCUUUUCUAACUGCAGAAAAUACAGUACUUGUAAAUUAUUAUAAUAGAGUUUCUACAUAAUGUUUUCCUUUUGUGAUGUAUUCUCCAUAUAUUGUUAAAAAGAGGAAGUUUAAAUGGGUUGGUAAUGUAAACCUCAGAAACAAGCAUCUCUAAACACACAAAAAGUGACCUGGCAACAGCACAAGUUUGAACUUAACAUUUCAGUCAAAUACCUUGUUUCCACAUGUGUUUCUUAGUCCAAGUUAAGGCAUUAAACAGUAGAAAGUUGGUUAAAUUAAUGACCAUACCAGAAAUAUCAGUGUGGAAAUCAAAGCUUUAGCAAGCUAUUGAGAAACACAAAAUAGUGUUUUUAUAAUAAAACUUUGAAUUAACGGUU